AUGUCAUAUUAAUUUGGGGGUAGCCAAUUGCAACAAUAAAAUGUGCCUAAUGCCAAAUACAAAACCAUGCUUUGUCGUCAUUACUAAGGUAAUACCUACAAUCAAUUCAAGCAACUAAAUAAUGUGCCAUUGGAAACAAAUGUCAAUUUGCUCAUGGAACUCAAGAAUAAAGAUAAAUCAAUGGUAUUCACUAAUAUCUUAUCUUUUUCAGAUCCUCUGCCUGCCUCUGCUCUAUCAGCCAUGGCCACAGUUAUUGAAUAACCCCUGAAUAAACCUCAACCUCCCAUAUUUUAAAGUAUAGCUUAAAUUAUUAUUAUUUUUGUUCCCUGCAAAUACCAUGCUCAAAACUAUUGUAAAAAUGGCUAAAAUUGUCAAUACAUCCAUGACUCCGAGGCAAAUCAACAAUAGUCCAUCCCAUUCCAGCCAUAGCCCCAGAUGCCCUAGAUGCCCUCACCUCCCCCUCAGGUGAAGCAAGAAGAUCCCAUGCAAUUAGUCUUUUAGCACAUUUCAUUUGAGAUGCAAUACAUAUUUCCACAAGAUGAUAUUAUAUAAAAAUUAAAGAUAGCCUAGGAAUAGGCAAGAGUUGGUAAUCUUAUCGCUGUUGCGGAGUGUAUUAAAAGUAUUAUUCAUGCUCCAGAGCGUACUCAAGAAGAAAUACUUAAAUAUACAAAUCUCUAUAACUAGGCAGUCACAUAUUUUAAUCAGAUCUCAUAAGCGAAUUGA